CAGAAAUAACAGAAGAAGACGUGCAUGUAUAGUAUAUGUGUGUAUAGUAGGUGAGAAGAAAGCUAUUUCCAGCUAGCCAAAGUUAAAGUGAAAUAACUCUUUAUUACUGUAAAUAUCUGGAGCUGUUAGAGAACUGUACCGGAGCUUUAUUAGGCUUGUGUUGUUGUACAAGCUGUCAGCUACAGGGUUUUAAUUCAACACAGGAAAUAUUUAACAGCUGAGCAGCAGAGAUGUGUUAGUUAGGGUUGUGUUUUAAUAGCUGACCGCAGUGCAUUUUAUAAGAAACAUGUCCAAACACAAAACAUCCAAGAAAAAGCUUAUUAUUGAAGAUGGAGUGUUCUACGAUGUUAACGCUGUUUGUACACCUACUUCAGAUGAAGCCAAAGAGGACGGAGAAGGACUGAAUCCCUUUUCUUUCAAAGAAUUCAUCAGGAGCAAAAAUCAUCAGUCCAGCACCGUCGAGCCUGCCGAGAAAAUGUCUGAUGGUGCUCGUUUGGUGGAGGAUGAAGACGUGUACGCCAGAGGCUUUGAGCACAGCCAUGAGGUUCACUUUUUCACAGAUCCCUCACUGCUCGAACAGUCGUUUGACUAUAAACCCGAGGACGAAUGGACGGAAAGCUACCAGCCCUCGGCCAUUGAGGACGCACGUGAUUUCGGACUGAGUGGCACUUUGGAUCACUCCUUACUGUCCUGUGAAGACAAGGACGCGACGGUAAACGAGUGGGAGCUGGCCGAGGACUUCUCACCACAGCCUCGCUUCCACAGAAGGAGCACGGGAAGCUAUGAAGGAGAUGAAGAGACCUCGGUUAUUGAUCUCACAUUCCACUCGAAGAAAAGCAGUACAGAAAACGGGAUUAGUUACCAGCAAAAGCUAAGAGAAGAAAAUUCCCAGCUUCGAAAGCAUAUCAGAGAACUGAUAAAAAAGUCCGAGGCUGAUUCUACUAAAAUCAGACAGCUUACAGACGAGAUGCACAACCGAAAUUUGCAAGAAGAGAGAGAAGCCAAAGCGUUGGAGAGCAUGGUGCAGUCUGUGGAGGAAAACCUCCAGCUCAUGACGAAACGAGCUGUUAAAGCUGAAAGCAGUUUGUCUAAAUUGAAACAAGAGGUCCAGCAGCUUCAGAGCCAGCUAGAGGCAUACAGAUGUGAAAACGAGCGACUUCGUGCAGGAGAAACUGCUGCCUUGAGCUCAAUGAGACAAAAUGCCCAAGUGGCAUCCAAGUACCUCAUCAAAGCUGCCCAAGAUGCUGAGACUUCCAUUAAGCAGUUGCUGACAGGAAGAGAGACUUUGUGCCUCGUAUCAGAGCUGCUGAGCUCAAUUGACAAGAUCACAGAGAUUCCAAAAUAACACCUUCUGUACUUCUCUGUAUUGUGCCUUAACCACCUCCAUUAUUCAUUUGCUCUUCCAAAUCACAUGCUUUUCACAUACCGUGACUUUUUUUUUUUUUAACCGCUCUCGUAAUCCAUGUUAUUCUCACUGGUUGCGUGGCUCACGUGACACGCACACACCAGCCACGACAACACUCUUACCAGUACUAGGUAGUAUUGCGUAACUGGCUCGGCUAGUUUGCGAUCUCAAUUAUCUUUAUUAUUAUCAGUAAUAAGAGUUGUUUGCCUUCACCGUAGCUUCGGCGGCAGAAACCAAGUGAAUUUGAGCUGCUUAAGUGAUGUGACAUGACUGGAUGCAGCCAUAGUUAUAGUGUGACUUAACAUUGUGUACUAAGUUUUUAUUUAUAGUUACUACUAAUAAUAAUUAGUAUAAUUAAUCAUAAUAAUACAAUGUAUUAUUGGCAUUCAAAUAUUUUCUCUCGAUCAUGCCAUAACUCUCCUCGUAGUCUUUCGCUAAAAAGAAUAGUGUUCAAAUGGAACAUUAGCACGUUUGUUUUUCGACACUUACCUCCUUGAUUGGUCGGAAAGUAAAAAAUAAAUAAAUGGGUCCAUGACAUCGCUUGAUGCUUUUCGGAGGGACUUUUUUUUUACUGUAUUUGUAAGCAUAAAUGUACAUGCUUAAAGAAAACAAACAUGUGAAAGCAGCCUUAUUUUUAGUCUCGCUUACUUUUUUUUUUUAAGUUUGUUCUGUCACUCCCUGCAAGGGCAGACUUGGCAAAGGUAGGCAAAUUAUUAUAUAAAUUUGUAAUUAUUAAUGCUAAGUAACAUAUGCUGAAAAUUAAAAUAUCAAUGUUAAAACACUGAACAAGGCCCCGUUCCUAUAUUCUGCCUAGGUCCCCCCAGAUCACUAAAUCCACCCCCGGCUCCCUCGCCAUUAGCCAAUGAGAGCUGAGAUUUCGUUCCUGUCCCAGAGAGCACAUGCAUCUCUACGCUAUAAACUUAGUAGUGAAGUGAGAAAUUCAACUGUCUUUUCAUUUCCAUGGCUCAAAUGUGAGAGAUGUAUAAUAAACCUUGUGUAGUAUAACUUUUUUGUGUGUGUAACAGUUGAGUGCAUGGCAUUGUUUAGUGACGUAGUGCUUUUAUAAGUAAUAAAUACAGUCAAACAGUGUAUGUUAAGAUAUUAAUGGUGAAAAUAUUCAGUACUGUGUAGAAGUCUGAAUACUGUACUGUUGGCAUUUCUAAAAACAAAAGAAGGAUACUUUCUAACUAUCAUUUCUGUACAAUUACUGUAUGUAAACAGUGAAAUAACCAAUUUCUGCCUUUGAGUUUAAAAUGAAAUUCUUGCACAGAUUUUUAAGGAUAUUAACUGGUAUUUGAUGCAGGGUUUUUUUUUUUUUUCUCUCUGAUGGUCUAAAUCCCACUCAGCGUCAAUGAUGUUUUAUAGCAGAAACACGGUCGGUGGUCUUCAAAAUACAAUAAUAUCUCUGUAACAUUACAUUUUUAAGAAAAGAAAAUAACACGUUUGGAAAUGAGAUAUAUAUGUACAUGAGAUAUGAGUAAACAACAUUUUUAUCAUUGCUGUUUUGAUACAUGGGUGUUUCUGCAACUACAGACAUUUUUAAGCCCCAGCAGAGAAAUUUUAGAUUUCUGUUCAAAUUUGUCAUAUGAUGCUUGAUAAAUAUAAACAGUGUCAUUACACACCUUGCUAUCAAAAAUAAUUACUGAUUCAUGUGAUUGAAUAAAAAAUGAUGAAGGAUU